AUGGAGGGCUUUAAAGAGUUCUCUCCACAGGACUUGGCAGCACAAACCAUCCAGUGUGCUUACCGCCAGCACCUGGCGCGUGUGGAGCACAACAAGCGGGUGAGAGAGAAGCAGGAUUAUGAGGAAGCCAUGGAUCGACUUCAACGUGAGGCCUUUGUGGCUAUGGUGAAGAGGGAGCAGGAGAUCGCUGAGAGGGAACGGCAGAAGGAGGAGAUGGAGAGGCAAAGGAAACGGGAGGAGCAAGAGUGCAAAACCCGGAUGCUGGAGGGUGCCUUUGAGGGGGAUCUGGAUGAAAUACUGGCCGUGUUAAAGGAGGUUGCUGACAGGGACAGCAAAGACCGGGUGCCUUUUGACGAGAUUGGGAGGGUUGUUCGGCAGCGACACGAGAUGGGAAUGGUAGAGUGCACGGACGCCCACGGAAACACACCGCUCUCGGAGGCUGCUGGUGGGGGGCACCCGCCCCUCAUACGCUUCCUGAUCGAGAAAGGGGCAAACCCAAACUCCAAGGGAGGGUAUGGGAGGACACCUCUGUACCGAGCUGCUUUCAGUGGACACCUGGCCGCUGUGGAAAUUCUGCUUCAAUUGGGAGCUGACCCUCGUAUCUACGCCGAUGAUGGGAACAGACCUGAGGAGGUGGGGAGCACAGACAGUGUGAUCAAUGUGCUGCAGGGCUGGGAUCUCACCACCACGGACACCAUGUUGCAUAAGAUGGAGGCAGUGAAAGAGAAAAGGCUACAGAUGGAGCAACAACAGAGACAGAAAGAGGCUGCAAAGCUUCAGGACCAGGUGUCGGAGCUGACAAAGGAAGCUGUCCGGUCCCAGAAGGAGAUGCAUAAGGCUUACGCAGAGUUAAAUAAACGCAUGAACGAGCACGACAAGUGUGAGCGGGACAAUAUGGGGAAAACAGCGAUCACCUUGCAGGCUAUCCAUGAUGCGGAAGCGGUAUUGGAGGUGGCGAGGGCAACUGCCACAACAACACAGGAAAAACUCUCAGUGGCUAAGAUGGAGCUGAGAGAGAAACAGCAGGAAGAUUCCUCCUCCUUGCCAAUGAAAGGGAUAAACUGCAACAUACGAGAACUGGAUGACGUGCUCCUCAAGGACGUAGGGAACAAGAUCCGGAAUGAUGGCAGGUGGCCUCUUAUCAUUGACCCGUCCGGUCAGGCUGCUGUGUUCCUGCGUUACCUGGACACCAACUAUGUCAAUGCUCUAAACCCCAAUCAAAUGCAGCCGUCCGUCCUCCGCAUCAACCUCCUCGGGGCCAUCAGGUUUGGGAAGAUGCUGGUGAUUGAUAUGAUGGAGGUGAACCUGAUGGAAGUGGUGACCAGGAUGAUGGAGCAGAUACAGACUGCACUGAUGGACGAACUCCUCAAUAAACAACUGCUCCAGAAUGACCGCUACCUGUCGCUGAUCCGAGCUGGAGACGGCCCGGAAUAUUCUCCCAUGGAGUUCUCACCCGUGCGAGCCGAAAAAUUCAAAUUCUUACUCAUAACGAAAGUACAGAAUCUUCCGGAUGAAAUGCUCAGCACUUUCUACCCCAUUCACAUCGUCAUUAACAACUCAGGGAGAUAGAUAGCAUGCAGACAUAGGCGAGAAUGAAGAGGAUGAAGAAGAUUUUUUUUUACACACGUUUACACUACAUUAUUUUUGUCCUGAAUCCAUUGAUUAGACAAUUGAACAGAAGAAAUUGUUGACGUGAGGACAGAAAGGAACAUUUAAAGAUAGGA